GGAAGGGAGAAGAGGGGCUGAAGGGAGAUUAUAAAUAGGAAGAUGAUGAGUUAAGAACAAAUAAUACACACAACACUACUUUAUUUUCAUAUCAUAUGAUCAAUAUGAAAUAUAUGAUGAUGGAUGAAAAUAAAAGAGCUUUCAUGGCUGUGAUUCUGAUUCAAACCAUUUAUGCUGGCUUGUUUCUCCUCUCAAAGGCGGCUUUCAAUGACGGAAUGAACAGCUAUAUCUUCGUUUUCUAUCGUCAAGCCUUCGCUACCGUCUUCCUUUCUCCUAUAACCUUCUUUUUUCAAUGGAAAGACGCCCCACCCUUGACAUUCUUUACCUUCUGCAAGAUUUUUAUGCUCUCUUUGUUUGGGAUAGCCAUAUGUUUAAAUCUUUAUGGGAUUGCUCUUGUGUACACGUCAGCAACAUUGGCUGCAGCAACUACAAAUUCUCUUCCUGUCAUCACCUUCUUCGUCGCCCUCUUAAUUAGGAUGGAAGUGUUAAGGUUGAAGUCAAUAGCAGGAAUUGCAAAGCUAGCAGGAAUAUUAUUGUGCAUUGGUGGAGUGGGAAUGUUAGCAUUUUACAAAGGCCCUCAAUUGAACUUAUUUAACAAUCAUCAUCUCUUUAAUGUCCAUAACCCCAAUGACAAUUCUUCUUCUCUUGCAUUGCCCAAAUCUUGGUUGAAGGGUUGCUUUUUGAUGCUAGCUUCCAAUACCUUAUGGGGUAUUUGGAUUGUUCUUCAGGCAUUUGUAUUGAAAAGCUAUCCUUCAAAGCUUCUGUUGACAAAUCUUCAAUGUUUAUUAAGUUCGUUUCAAUCAUUUGCUAUUGCUAUUGCAAUGGAGAGAGAUCCUCAACAAUGGAAACUUGGUUGGAAUCUUAGGCUUCUCUCAGUCGCAUACACUGGUAUUGUGGUGACCGCGGUUACAUAUUGUCUUCAAGCUUGGAUUGUUGAGAAGAAAGGACCAGUUUAUCUAGCCAUGUCUACACCUUUUUCUCUUCUCAUUACAAUCUUCUUCUCUGCUACUUUUCUAGGAGAGAGUAUCACUCUUGGAAGUACUUUAGGGGGUAUGUUGCUGGUGGGAGGGCUUUACUUUGUGCUAUGGGGAAAGAGCAAAGAGCAAAAAAUAAGUGAAGGAUUGAAAGAAGGUGGCAAAGAAUGCAACAUUGAAGGGAAGGAUAUCACUAAGUUAGGCAAUGGAUUAAAUCCAACAUCUUCAGUUGAAAAUGUCUAAAUUAUUAAUCAUAUGAAUAUAUGUGUAUUUUUUUUAAAAAAAUUAAGUUAGAGUAGAUUUUUAUUUUUCAAAUUAUAUAUGGGAGGGGUUUGAAAGUGUAGAAAUCUUAAUUGGUUAGAUUAAUUUUUAUUAUGACUAUGCUUAAAUUAUUUCAAGAAAUAAAAGCGAAAUGGUCGAUUAUAAGAUCAUAAUUUCACAAA